UUCGGUGGACAGGAUGAUGGACGCUCUGAGCCCGGAGACCACGCUCAGACGUGGAUGUGCGGUAUCUGCGGGGGCACCGCUCCUUCAUCAUCAUCUGAACUGUUUUUAUUCCCGACCUGCUGAGUGUCAAUCCAUCAUGUGAUAAAGAGAAGAAGAUGAAGACUGAAACAUGGACACCGUGAGGACACACUGACAGGUGUGGAAUGCCGAAGGAACAGGCUUAUCCUGGGGAGGUUGCUGCCCAGAGCACCUCCAAGAAUGCCAAAGAAAAGAGUAACAGCGCCACCCUGAGGGCAUGUCAGGGUGGCGCCCACAGGGAGAAGUCUGCAGGGGGCGAAGUCAGCAAGCGCCUGCUAAAUUGUGACUUGGAGAAGGACUCUGAGAAGGACUCGGGUUACUCAGAGGCCGGCUCUGACGACCAGCGCAGCUGUAAGAGUGAACCUCACAGAGGAAACAGCAAACCCUCCAACAACAGCAUGGCUCCUUAUGAGGACAUCACUCCCAUCUACGUCUUCAAAAACCUGCUGGUCAAACCGUCUGGACCAGAACAGCUUCUGCAUGGCCCCCUUUCAUGGGCCGGAGGAUGGCAAAGCCUCGGUGGAGGAAAAGCCCCCACACAGGUCAUACUGAUCCAGCAACCAGUGAUGCCGGCUCCUUCUUCCUCCAACCUACCCCCCCCAUCCUGUCUAGCUCCACGGCAGGCCCCAGGGAAAAAAGCAGGAAGUUGUAGCAGCAGCUUCCACAACAAUAAGAGCUCCUACCUCCCCAUCCUGAACUCCUACCCUCGCAUUGCCCCCCACCCCCGGAAGGAGAGCAAUGAGGUGAAGGGCUCUGUGUGGGGAGGGGGGGUUAAAGAGAACGAGGGCCAGAGCCAGAGAAAGAGAGUGUGCACUGAGGAAGAGAAGAGGGAGACGGGGUCUGUCAUGGGCCCCAUUUUGAGGCCCCAGCAGCUGCAGCAGAGGGAGGCCAGGGGGGGCCAUGGCUCCUUCCCCAGCAGCCGCACCUCCUCCUCCACCUCCCAGCAUAAAUCCCAGUCCUGCCGGAAGAACUCAGCCCCUGACAGCGUGGGCUCGCCCUCCAUCUCCAGCUCCCAGACACCGUCGCCGCCCUCUUGCUCCAGCUCUUCCUCGUCCUCCUCUCCUCCCUCCUCAUCUCCCUCCUCUUCAUCAGCUCACAGCCCGUAUCACCCGGCGCCGGACAGCACCUCUACCCGCCAGCGGCGCUUCCACAACACGGCGGAGAUCCUCAACCAAUCGGGGCUGCUGGCUAUCACGCUGCGGACCAAAGAGCUGCUAAAGCAGAGCGCCGCCACCGAAAGGGAGCUCAUCCAGCUGCGCCAGCACACAAACGUACUGUGCAACAUCGCCCAGGCCGGCCAGACGGGCCUCAGCUGCGGUGCUGACAACCUCAACAAACUCUUCCAGGACAUGGAUGAAUCAGGUUCCUACCCCAACCUGGACCUUGAUGCCCUGAGAGCACUCAGCAGCAACCAGACUAGAGCUGAGGAAGACACUGAAAGGGAGAACCAGACGAGAACCACAAGGAAGAUGUCAGUGUCCCUGUACAACAUGGACAACUGGACCUCACCUCCUUCCCCACUGUUCGCCCCUUCACCUGAACCUGUAUCCACCUCUGUCUCUUUUUCAGACUCCAUCCAGGAACACAGGCUGACAGUCAGAGAUGAGAGGGGAAGCUCUCCAAUGGGGUUUCCAGAGAGCUCAACAAACUCCUAUCCUCUGUAGCUCCAGGAGGAGUUGGUUAUUAGAUUAUGAUUAUUUAAAGCUGAAAAAACUGAAACAUUAAACUGAUUUUCAUUCGGGACUAUAGCUGCUGGUCAUCUAGCUCCACUCAGGUCGGCUGCAAGGCUGAUGCUUUCUUUGGUUCCUCUGCUGAAUCAUCUCAGCUCUCAGUCUUUUUAAUCCUUGAAAGGCCCUCACACAUUUGAUCCUAAGGACAAACAAUAUUAAAAAUAUUAUAUAUUAACAUUUUUUCCACUUCAAAUGAGUCAGUCUUUUAAAACUUUAGGCCUGAAAUAUACAUAUAAAUAAUUAUUAUUGAUCGUAGUUGUUACGAAAAAAAAAAAAAAAAAAAGAAAUAAUUUCCAUAAAAUGCUUUGCAUGCUUUGAAAAUAAAAAAGUGGCACAAUCUGAUGGACAAAUAUGGAAAUAAAAAUAGAAGGCUAAUAGUACAAAAUGAAAUCUUAACACAAAGGAAUGCAUUUGUUUAUGUCAAAAUAAAUGUGGCUUCAAAAAGGCUGUUCAUAAUAGUUUUCAAUGGGGCAUUUUUUUAGUCUUUCGGAUAUAAUGUGCCAGCUUUUGUGCAACUUAGCCAUUUUAAACUAAUUCAAGGAACUGACAUUAAAAUUCAACAAUGAUCUAAAAAAGAAAAUCCUUUGGGAAGGUUCAACACAGCCAAAAUGGCACAGAAAUUAAAAAUCACAAUGGCAAGCCAUAUAGUAAAGACAAGAUGCUUCCAUAUAAAAUCAUAACAGGUUGAAGUAAACAAAGAAAACUAUUCUUGCUAAUUGGGCUCCCUCUUUCUGGCUGAGUGGACAGAAAAUGGACUUGGAGUGUCUCAUCUCCACCAUGCAGAGAUACCACAGUAGUAGAAAAAAGGUGUUUCAUCAUUUCUCUGCAGCUGGAACGAUGCUGACACUUUAAGCUCCUCUUACUGGAUGCAUCUGAGUGGACAUCCAUAUGUAAAUACCUGAGUUUGAAUCCAGACAGCUUCAUGAUGUUCUUCUUUUGUUGUGACGUCAGCAGCAUUUCCUCUCAGAGUGACCCGAGCUGUCUGAUUCAGGAUUAGAUGAUGAAUGUUUGGGGUUAAAAUCAACCAUAAUUAAAUGUUUUGUAGUGAUGCUGAGAUUAAGAUGUAUGAUUGAUUUAGUGAAAUUUGAAGCCACAGCACAUGGUGGGCCAGGACAGCAGCUCUGUGCCCUGAGACAGGAUAGAAACAAUCUGAUUUGAGAGAGAAAAAUCAGCUGCAUGGUGUGUUCAUAGUGUGUGGGACAUUUGUCUUUCAGCUGUUCCUUGUAGAUGUGUAAAUGUGUUGGAGCACAGGGAUUGCCAAUGGACUUAUACACAUUUUUAUUUCCUUCUAUGUUUAACUCUGGAGUGUGCAUGACAGUUUGUCUGCAGAUGGUAUGACUGUAUUUGCACUGGACAUUUAAUAAACUCUACCAUGCUAGAUUGUGAAUGUGGCGCACUGGUCAUGAUAAUGGUCCUGUUGUAAUCAAAUGUGUAGGGGAAGACAAACUUUUUUCAUGUACUCUCAAAGAAUAAAGGUGAUUUGGCACACAGAA